AUGAGUUCCGCCAACCGCCUCCAAUCCAACAGUUCUAUACUUGGCUUCUCUGCGGAUAAUCUGCCGACGAAACUUUUCAUCAACAACGAAUUUAUCAGCGCCAAGAGCCAGGAAACUUUGUCUCUCUUCAAUCCCAAGGAUAACUCCCUGGUUUCUGACAAAGUGCCUGUCGCCGGCCGAGAGGAUGUCGAUGCCGCCGUUGCCGCCGCGGAAGCUGCAUUGCCCGCAUGGAAGGCUGUAGCUGCGUCGGAACGACGCGAUAUCAUGCUCAAUUUUGCAUCACUCCUCGAGCAGCAUGCUGAACUUACCAGGAUCACGCUUGGGGCUCCGUACCUGGCUUUUGGCAGAUUCGAGAUCAACCUCUGCGCCGAAGCAUUCCGUUACAAUGCCGGUUGGAUCGACAAAUUCGCUGGAGAGGCAUACCCACAGGAGAAUGGUUUUAUGCGCAUCACCCGACACGAACCACUAGGCGUCACUGCUGGGAUUGUGCCUUGGAAUGGGCCUUUAGGAACAGUCGGCCUCAAGGCUGCGCCUGCCCUGGCGACGGGCAACUGCUUUAUUUUGAAACCGUCGGAGAAAACGCCUUUUGCCGCACUGGCUCUGGGGGGUUUGAUCCAGGAGGCCGGUUUUCCGCCCGGCGUCUUUCAAGUAUUAUCUGGAGCCGGUCAAACGGGCGCGCUGUUGGCGAGCCAUCAGCGGAUACGGAAAGUCAGCUUUACCGGGUCAAUCUCGACUGGUAAACUGAUUCAGAAAAUGGCCGCCGAAUCCAAUCUAAAGCGUGUGACACUAGAGCUAGGCGGUAAGUCGCCGGCGGUGGUGUUCAACGACUGCAACCUGGAUAACGCCAUCACAUGGUGUGUAAACGCGAUUACAGCGAAUACUGGCCAGGUGUGCUUUGCCGCAUCGAGGGUCUAUGUGCAGGAAGGAAUUUUAGAAGAGUUCACAAAUAGGUACAAGGCCGCUUUGGAGGAGCGCGCAAAAGCUAUCAGCGAUCCGGACGACAACACGACUCUGAUGGGGCCUUUGGUCGACGAAGCCCAGUUCCAGCGUGUUACUGGUUUCAUCGAGCGCGGAGUUCUAUCCCAUCAAGGCACCCUUUUGACAGGUGGCAAGCGGGUUGGGGAGAAGGGUUGCUUCAUCCAGCCGACUGUGUUUACAGGGGUUGCCCCGGAUGCGGAGCUAUACCGAAACGAAAUCUUCGGUCCAGUUUCUAUCCUCAACUCCUUCAAGACCGAGGAAGAAGUCAUUAAAAAAGCGAACGCCAGCGAGUACGGCCUAAUGGCGGGUGUCUUUACCCAGGAUAUCAAUAAGGCCCUCCGGGUGGCCAGCGAAUUUGAAUCAGGAAUGGUCGGGAUCAACUGUGUAAGCCUGACUUUUCUGAACACGCCCUUUGGCGGCAGCAAGCAAAGCGGUCUCGGUCGCGAGUGUGGUCGGAAUGCAUUAGAACACUUUACUGAGCCGAAGACGAUAAUGGUAAACUUGACAUAUUAA